AACCAUGUCUCCAUGAUCCAGCAGCACCUCAAUCAUCGUGACGUCAGGCAUGAAUCUAUAUACUAUAAGUAACAUCCAAGCAUGCCAUCCAUGCUCACACUUUAUACCACCAAUACUCCCACCCUGCAGAGUACACACCAAGUACACACCAACCAAUCCCAUAUACAACAAAAAUGUCCACCCAAAACGACCCCCCAGGCGACCCCAAAACCGCCAAAUCGCAAAUCCUCGAAACCGGCGCCGCAGCCAUCCAAGACUUCACGCCCGUGAAACAAAUCUGCGCCCAUCUAAACGCCUUCCACGUCUACGUCGACGACCCGACCCGCUGCAUCGAGGCAAAUCACUACUGUUCCCAUAUCACAGAAGACCUACGACAAUGCCUCCUCUACUCAUCACCCGACCGCAACGCCAAACUCCUUGGCGUCGAAUACAUGAUCACGCCGCGUCUCUUCUCGACCCUGCCCCCCGAGGAAAAGAAACUCUGGCACAGCCACGAAUACGAAGUCAAGAGCGGCAUGCUGGUCAUGCCUGCGCCGUCUGGCAUUCCCGCCACGGUCUGGGAGACGGCCGAGACGGCUGAGAUGAGGGAUAUCUUGCCGUUGUAUGGCAAGACGUAUCAUUUCUGGCAGGUGGAUCGCGGGGAUCCGGUGCCGUUGGGGGCGCCGGUGCUUAUGGGCAGUUUUACGAGUGAUGAGGAUGUGAAGAGGGUGCAUGAGGGGGGGUUGGAGGGGUUGUGUAAAGAUAGAGAUGAGAGGUUUGGGGUUGAUGUUCGACAUAAGAGUGAUGUGAGGAAGGGGGUGGAGAGGCCGGAGGGGUGGGAGGUGGAUUCUGGUGAGUUCUUCUUUUCUUUGUUUGAGGUUGAAUGGUAGUUGUUGUUGUAUGGCCGGGCUGACGUGGAUUCUAGACGUGGAUGUUGCGUGGAAGACGUAGGUUACUGCUUAUCAUCUACCUGCAAAGUGAAAUUGAACAGUCAUGAAUGAAUGAA